GGAAAUGAGCGUACGACUCGUCAAUUUUGGAAAGUUUUGGAAUAUUCAAAAUGACCUGAAACAUGCUUUAAAUUAUCUAUAGGUAGAUAAUGUUUAUAUAAGACAAAUAUUUAUAUAAGCACAGGUGAGUAUCAAUUUAGAAGAACUUUAAAAAUAUUAAUAUACGAUACCAAUAAAAUUUUAAUGGUAGGUCCUAUGUGUUAAGAAGCACACAUAGAAGCAGUGUUGAAUACUUUAGCGCUAAAAUAUCAAUAUACGAUACCAAUAGAAUUUCAAUGGUAGGUCCACACCAAGGUCCAGACAUAGAAGCAAGGAAUACUUUAGCGCCCUCAACAUUAACUCGGUUCGCCUAACUUUUGGGAUCAGUCAAUAGACUGAGGGAGAUUUUCAAUUGGCGGCUGGUUACACUGGAAACUAUUUGUUUAAAUAUCACAUCAUUAUACAUUAUCCUUAUGAAUUUUUUAAAAACUAUAAUAUACCUUAUAAUUUUUUCAUUUAAUUAUAAUUAUGAGUUCUCAUUAAUUACAAAUUAAAUUGCUUUAGAGAGGUAAGUAAAGUUAUUAUUUUUAGAGCAUGCACGUUGUCAACCGUCAUGCGCAGUUAAAACAGCGAAAAAGUUUAUUAUACAUGUGACCGAAUAAUCUGGAUCAUUUGUUCACGAGGCGUUGCUGUCAGUCAUCCGAUUUCGAGGUUUUGUAGUGUAUUGAUUAUAAUGUCGAAGUUUAGGAAGUUUUACGUUGUGGAAAGGUUUGAAAGAAGAAAAAGAUCAAAUGUGGGAAAAGCGUUUUCUGUAGGCAUGGUGAUCGAAGAAGGUGGUAACAGUGUGGUACCAUGCUAUGUUAACAAUGAAUUUGUAGAGUCGGAGGUCGAGUCCCGGUUGUUCAGCCUAGCAGUAGGAACAAAAGUUUUCGUGACAAACGUAUUUGGAGGAAGCUCUUUUCGGGUGACCGAGAAAUCGAAGGUGAUGACUAAUGUGGCGGAUUUUGAUAUCAACAUGGAAGUUGUACAAGAAUUUAUUUCUCCGAAAGUAGUGUCACUGGUAGAAGCAUGUGGUUCACCGAAGAAACGAAGACUGUCGGUACGAGGUAGUGUUAUGGAGAUUGCUGUAGAUAUUCACUGUGCAUGAACUGCUUGAAAGAACUCAGGCUGAUACUAAACACAAUUAAGGUUUUUGUGUAUGAUAUUACACAAGAAACUAUGCAAGUAUUCCCAUCUUUACAAUUUACCAUGAUGAGAAUAAGUGGAUUCUCUUGCUAAAUGUCUGCUUUCAAGCUUCAUGAGGUCUGUCACAAGGUUUUAAGCUAGCCAGCAUAAAAGCCAUUAGUUCUUUCAUAGCAAUUGACUAAACUUUGCAAAUUUGAUGAUAAUGUCCAACCGUGAGCAGGCUAUUUUUUCAGCUUUGCUGCCAUGGAAUGGAAGCACCAAAUAUAAACUGUAUUCCUCCUGAAGCUAAAGCUAAUCUGUGUAGUAUUGAAAGGCAUAUAGUUCAGUUCUCAGUUAGAUGGUGCUUGAGAGAUCUAUUCAUUUUUCAAGAUAUACAGUAGAGGAAUUGAUUAUCAGAUUUGAUAAAGUGUGUUUUACAAGAGAAAAAAACAGCCAAGAAACUGCAGAUUUAUCAUAUACUAUUGAUCUGCUGAGCAAACGGAAGAGUGUGUCAUAUUUUUAUACCAGUCAAUUAAACGGUCAAAAUUAAUGAAAAUUCCUGCAUUAUGACCAGACUUUGACAAGCGUAUCACUUCAAUGCAUACUCUAUAUGCUGGACUGCUCUACUCUCGCAAACAUACAACCUCUUAUUAGUGAUAAUGUGUACAUAUAUACAUGUACUGUGUGCCCUGAGCACAAGCAUUGCUGAGUGACAAGGUCAAAACAUGUUAGAUUCACAAAAGAUGACAAGAUGAUUUCUUUAGCCUUAGUUUAUGUUUAUGCAUUCCAAACAGUUUUUAAAUUAAAAAGAGAUGUAGGUCAAAAUUCAUUGUUUAUCAUUAUUAGGCAACUACUGUAUGUAAUUUUGUUUGGUACACAUUUAAAAAUGACAUCUUAAGAUAUUCCCUUCAUAUAAUUGUUAUGAAGACUUACUGUGUUUAGAGAUCAAUGUUUUGGAAAGUAAUUACCACAAGGACAAUUUUCACGGUAUGUAGUUAGGCGCCAGUUGAUAGAGAUGGUGUUACUUGAGUAUGUUUUUUUUGUAACUUUAAUUUAAAGGUACUGUUUGUUUCCAAAAGAAAAUAAAAAUAUUUGACUGAA